UUGUCAAAUCAUAUAAUCUCUCUCUCUCUCUCUCAUAUGUUCUAGAGAGAAUCAGAAAGGGAAGGAUCCAGAGGAGACGAAGCUUGGAUUGGAAAUUUGGAAUCAGCUCUCGCCGUGAAUUAGAUCGGAAUUGAUUCACGAGAAAUGGGAGCUCCGGGAAGCGAAGACACCGUCAUGAUAGAAAUGGGGAAGAAGCUAGGAGACGCGCAUGUUAUCACCGUGAAUUGUCCUGAUAAGACUGGUUUAUGUUGCGAUGUUUGCAGAAUCAUCCUCGAUUUCGGACUUUACAUCACAAAAGGAGAUGUUACAACUGAUGGAGUAUGGUGUUACAUAGUAUUGUGGGUGGUUCCUUACUAUGAUUCUCUUAGAUUGAGAUGGUCACAUUUGAAGAACCAGCUUGUAUCUGUAUGCCCGUCUUGCUCAACCUACUUUGUGCUCGAUUUAAUGCCUUCUUGUCCUGCAUCCACGCCUGUUUACUUGUUGAAGUUCUUUUGCCUAGAC